AUGGAUGCACAAUCCCAGCUCAGCUCAUCAACCCCAACAAACAGAUUCUUCACCGUCUUCUCCCAAUCCAUCUACCACCUCUGCAACGACCUGCCCAGCAUCGCGUACGCCACGACCUCCGUCCUAAAGGACUUCCUGCAUGACGGCAUCCGCUACCUCGAGCUCCGCACUAUCCCCCGCCCCUCGCCCACCGGCGCCUUCACCCGCGCAGAAUACCUCGACACCGUACUCAACGCCAUCGAGCAGUUCCGCGCCUCCCACCCGGAUGAAAUCACCGUCACACUCAUCCUCGGUCUGGACCGCGGCGCCACCACCGCCCCGGAGGCCCUCGCCAUCGUCGACCUCGCGCUCGCCCACCGCGCCCGCGGCAUCGUGGGGCUCGAUCUCUGCGGAAACCCCACCAAGGGGGACGUGGCGAUCUACGGGCCCGCAUUCGCCCAAGCCAAGGCGCACGGACUCGGCGUGACGGUGCAUUUCGGGGAGGUUGCAAACCCCGCGACGCCGGGGGAGUUGGAGACGCUGUUGGCGUUCGAACCUGAUCGGUUGGGCCAUGUCAUUCAUGUGCCAGGUCCGUUGAAGCGGGAGAUUGCGAAGAGGCGUCUAGGCUUGGAGCUUUGUUUGUCAUGUAAUGUGCACGCGAAGAUGUUUGAAGGUGGCUUUCUGGAUCAUCAUUUUGGAGAAUGGUGGGAGGGCGGCGAGUGUCCGGUUGCUCUUUGUACCGAUGACGUGGGGUUCUUCUGCAGUCCCGUGUCAAACGAGUAUCGUCUAGCCGCGGAGCACUUCAAUCUCAAUCGGAAAGACAUGCUACGUAUGUGCCGAGACUCGAUCGAGAUGAUUUUCGGCGGCGAGAAAGAAAAGGCUCGUCUUCGGGGCUUACUGAACGACUUUGAAGCUGGAUAUACGAAAUGA